AUGCUUGGAUCUUUCGUUGGCAAGAUACAGAAGGGUCUCUCACUCUUUACACCCAGAAGAUCAACACUCAGCCACUCGAGUGAAGAUCAGCUCGAAGCUGCGACUAUAGUGCCAGAUGAUGUUAAGGAAGGACAUUUUGCUGUUCUUGCAAUCAUGGGUGAAGAGACAAGAAGAUUCGUUGUUGAAUUGGAAUACUUGACCGAUCCUGUAUUCAUGGGACUGCUGGAUCGAGCUGGCGAAGAGUAUGGUUUCAGCCAGAAGGGAGCUCUCACAGUUCCCUGCCUUCCUGGAGAACUACAGGAGAUUCUAGACAAUCGGAAGGCUGAGUAUCUUAAAAAAGUUUCACUCAUUAGUAAUUUCUCAGUUUAA